AUGUCUGAUUCUAGCUUUUCUGAUAGCGAUAUAGCUGCGUUUAUGCCUCCUAUCGCUGCCGACGAUAAUGCUGCCAACUACGCUGGUGUUGGUCUUUCCAACCCAAAGCUAUCACACGGUCGCCGGCAGAUGCUCGACCUUGUGAAUCGUCUUCAUAGCACAGGUGUCCAGGUCGACAUCGAUCUCCCGCAAAUUGCGGUCAUUGGUUCACAAAGUGCUGGCAAGUCGUCUCUGAUUGAAUCAAUCUCAGGAAUCACGUUGCCACGUGCUGCUGGGACUUGCACUAGGUGCCCAACGGAGUGCCGUCUCUCACGCAGUGACAACCCCUGGCAAUGCGUCGUAUCUCUGCGAUUCAUAACGGAUGAGAAAGGCCAGCCUCUCGGACAGGCUCGAAAUGAGCCCUUCGGAGCUAUUAUCACCGACAAAGCUGACGUCGAAGGGCGGAUUAGGCGUGCACAACGCGCCAUUCUGAAUCCUAAGAAACCCCGGAAACAUUUUCUGGAAGGAGAGGACGAAGACGGCCUGGACUCCGAGCUUAGUUUUUCAAACAACUGUGUUUCGCUUCAAAUCAGUGGACCAGACGUUGCUGACCUAUCUUUUUGCGAUCUACCUGGGUUAAUCGCAAGUGUGAGCAGCACCCGAGGAAGCGCGAACGACAUCGCCCUCGUCGAAGGUCUUGUCACGUCUUACAUCAAGAAAACAAGCUGUAUCAUUCUUUUGACUGUGGCUUGUGAAACCGACUUCGAGAAUCAAGGCGCCCACCGCCUCGCCAAGCAGCACGACCCAGAGGGUAAAAGGACGAUUGGUGUCCUCACAAAGCCAGACCGUAUCCCCACAGGCGAAGAAUCCAGUUGGCUUCCGUUCAUCCGGAACGAAAAGGAAGCCUUAGAGAACAACUGGUACUGUGUGAAACAGCCCAGUUCCAAUGAUAUCAAACAGAAGAUGACGUGGUUCGGAGCUCGCCAAAGUGAGGAUGAGUAUUUCAGCAUGACAGCGCCGUGGUCGGAGCUCGACACGGUUUAUCAAAAGUACCUCCGCACAUCAAACUUGGUCGAGCGCCUUAGCUCGAUAUUGUCUGAUCUCAUUUCCAAGAGGCUACCACAAAUUCAAGAUGAACUAGAGAAAUCGAUCUUCAACGCACGGCAGGCUGUAUCCGCUCUCCCGAAGGAACCCUCAAAUGACCCUCUUAACGAGAUCGUCACUAUGCUCCAUGUUUUCACAAACGAUAUUUCCAAACACGUUGAGGGUAUUCCUGAUGAAGAUGGCCUCCUCCAGUCAGUCCGCCCCGCUCAGGAGCGAUUUCGUUUGGAAAUCCGUAAAACCGCGCCCAAUUUCCGUCCGUAUGAGAGGAAGUACGCUGGGCGAAGGCAUAUGUCGAAGGUCAAGUUUCUUACCAAUGAGGAGGGCCACGAGGAAGUUGAAGGUAGUGAGAGUGAUGAAGACGACUUGGAGAAAGACUUUUCUGGCGAGCUGGUCGUUUCACAGCAACAGCGUCAAGGCCGUGGCGAAAUCAUUUGUAUAGAUGAGGUUCUUGAGAUGGCGCAACGCGCACGUACCCGUGAAUUGCCCGGAAACUACCCUUUUGUUGUUCAGCAGUCGUUAAUCGGCAAAACGAUCAAGAAAUGGCACUUCCCUUCUCAAAUUUUGAUCAAAACUGUUCAUGCCCUCGUCAUGGAACAUUGCAAAAAACUUGUUACGGAACACUUUAGCCAUUUUGGUCAGGGUACUCUGGAGCAACGUGUGAAAACUAUCAUUCAGAAACAUGUCAAUGAGUGCCUCCAACGUGCGGAGGAGCGGAUCGAAUGGCUCUUGAAGCUUGAGGACCGGCCUUUCUCCUUGAACACACACUACCUCGCAGACUACAAGGACAAGUUUUACUCGUACUACAAGGGAGCUCGAGAGAGAGACGAAAAGAGCGACUUAAUGAAACUCAUCAGUAACUACCGCCCAAGCAGCAAUACGGUAAAAUCUACCCCAACAUACGGAGAUCCACCUCCUACGGGAUUGGCUAAAGUUCUUACUGGAUUGGCGGAGAUGGGCUUGGCUGGAAUCAAGCCAGAGGAUAUCCCAAAACUUUUGCCACCGGAUCGGAUGGAGCCCGCUAUCCACAUCAUGUCCGACGUUCGAGCGUAUUUCCAAGUUGCCUACAAACGCAUUGCCGACAACGUUCCUCUGGCCGUUGACUUCGAGCUCGUUCGGGGGGUUGAACGAGAUCUUCUCAAGACGCUGUACACGACGCUAGGCAUCAACGGUCCUGAUGGACACCGCAUCUGCAAGGAGCUCGCGCAGGAAAGCUCACACAUUGCUGAUCGUCGUGCUGAUCUGAAGAAGAAACUUGAGAGGCUGGAAUUCGCGAGCUCAGAGCUCAUGCGUAUUGGUGUCUGA